AUGGUUCAAAAUGAUUCCAGAAAAAACAUUCAUGAAUUUGUAUUUACAGGAUUUGACACUUUAGAAAAGCCGGUGGCUGUUGGUAUUAUUAUACUAAUUGUAUACUUUCUUGUAAUGCUUGCUAACUUUGCUAACAUAUUCUUUAUUGUCACUGAUAAACGUCUACACCAGCCAAUGUAUGUCUUCAUCUGCAAUUUAGCAAUUGUAGACAUGCUUUGCUGUACAUGUUCAUGUCCAACUAUGAUAGGAAUCCUUAUUGUUGGCUUUAAAACCAUAUCUUAUGUACCAUGCAUUAUUCAGAUGUAUGGUUUUGGUUUAGGAUUUGUGAUGGAGGUGUUUACUAUUUCUGUCAUGGCUUUAGACAGACUAGUUGCCAUAAUGAAGCCAUUGCACUACCAUUCAAUUUUGUCAAAUGAACGUUCUGUUAUUCUCACUAUCUUGCUGUGGAUUCUGGGGUCUGUUGCAAUAGGAAUAGUUCCUGGUACUGUGGUUCCUUUACCAUUAUGCUCCACAACAAUAAAGUAUGUGUUUUGUGAUUAUGCAGCUGUUAUUAGAACGACUUGUGUAGAUCCAAACCCAUAUUUUGAUUUAAUGUCAGGUUUCACCUUUUUCCUGAUGUUUGGAACAUUCAGUUUCAUUUGUAUAACUUAUCUUAAGAUUGUUAUUGUUGUUGUCAAAAUGACCUCUAAAGGUAGCAAGAAAAAAGUGUUUCAUACAUGCUUAAGUCAUUUAUUUGUGAUAAUCUGCUAUUAUGGACCUUCAUUCAUUAUCUUAGUUCUGACCAGAAUUUGGGUAGUCUUAUCACUUGAGGAACGAAAUGGUCUGAGAGUUGGAACAAUUCUUGGUCCUUCUUUAGUAAAUCCCUUUAUAUAUUGUUUUAGAACUAAAGAGAUUCGAAAUAAAAUAUUAAGAAUUGUUUCAGAAGUUGAACCAACUGAAUGA